AUGCAAGGCGGAAACGAACUGAGGCACGCCAGCGGCGCUGCCGCGGAUGAGAAAGAUAUCACGCAGAUGGGCACUAUCAACGGGCAGGCUCAUGCAAAAAGCAAGAAUACACAACGCGGGCAAUUGGCCGGAUACGAUGCGCCUGAAGACUAUGGCAACCUCGACGAGAUGGUGACGGACCCAAUCUCUCGUGGCGAGAGUAGGAGCCGUGACGGGAAAGGCGAGAGUCUGGAGGAGAUGCGAUCCGCCGCCUAUGACGCUUCCAAAGCGCGGGACGACUCCAAGGGCACAAUCGCCGACGCCGAUGUCCACAAUCUCAGCAAGAAUCGCACGAGAGAGGGCAAGAAGAGUCUGGAGGGGAGACAGUCGUGCGAAUACGAUGCACCAGGAGACUACGGCAACCUGGACGAGAUGGUCACCGACCCCGUCGCGCAUAAACCCAGGCGGCAUUCUUCGGGAAGAGGCGAAAGCCUGGAGGAGAUGCGAUCGCCUCGGCAGCCCUCCGAUCUCGAGAUGCAAGACACAACAACGCCCGACGACCAAGACGAGCCCGGAACCACAACCUCGAAACCCACCGUCCACGUCUCUAGGUUGGCGACGGAGGUGUAUACACUCUCAUACCUCGUCUUCUUCGCCAUCUUCGGCACGAUUGCCCGUCUGGGCUUGCAGGCUCUGACGCUUUACCCCGGCGCCCCAGUCUCCUUUGGCGUGCUGUGGGCCAACGUCGGCGGCAGCCUGGUCAUGGGCUUCCUGAUCGAAGACCGCAAGCUCUUCAAGCAGGAAUGGGGUACACCCAACUACCAUAGGGAGAUCACCAAAGCCCGGCGCCGCGGACAGCGCGCAGACGACAGCGCCGCUUCUAGCGACCUCGCGGCCGCGAAGAAGGCGCACCUCGCAACCAAGAAGACCAUACCGCUCUACAUUGGCCUCUCGACGGGCUUCUGCGGCUCCUUCACCUCCUUCUCUUCCUUCAUCCGCGACGUCUUCCUCGCCAUGGUCAACGACCUCCCCCGCGCCGGCGGAGCGACACCCGAGCCGCGGACUGGAGGGCAGUCUUUCAUGGCGAUGAUGGCCAUCAUCAUUGCUACCGUAGCUCUGAGCCUCUCGGCCCUCAUCUUCGGUGCGCACCUCGCUAUCGCUCUUGAAGGAAUCACCCCGUCGAUCCCUUUCCUCCUCGGCCGCAAAGUCAUGGACCGCUGCGCCGUCCUCUUCGGCUGGGGCGCCUGGCUUGGCGCUGUCCUCCUCGCCAUCUGGCCGCCCCGCGACGCCUGGCGAGGGCGCGUCAUCUUCUCCAUCGUCUUUGCGCCGCUCGGCUGCCUCGCGCGCUUUUACGCCAGCUUGCUGCUCAACGCGCGAGUGCCGGCGUUCCCGAUGGGUACCUUUGCGGUUAAUAUUGCUGGCGUUGCCGUGCUGGGUAUGUGCUGGGACCUGGCGCACGCGGGGCUUGGAGGCGUGGUUGGGUGUCAGGUAUUGCAAGGCGUCGAGGAUGGGUUCUGCGGGUGCUUGACGACUGUCUCGACGUGGGUUGCAGAGUUGACUGCGCUGCGGCGACGACAUGCUUAUGUGUACGGCCUGGGUAGUGUUGUGGCGGGAUUUGCGGUGAUGGUUAUCAUCAUGGGUGCUGAGAAGUGGACUGAUGGGUUUGCGCCGUUGAUGUGUACUCACUGA